AAACAAAUUUUAGAUUUUAUUUCUGGUUUUCCUUAUAAAAAUGUGAAUCAUUCCCAGCUGCUUUGUGGAGGAUUUUUUCAUUAACUGUUGACUCUGAUGUCUGCCAGGAUGGAAUCUGAUUUCUAUUGUGGAUCCUAAGAAUUGCAGUCCAGCUCCUUCCUUUUUUUUGCACAGGGUUUCUCUCUCAACUCCUCCUGAAGCAUAGUUUUGAAGGGCAAUUGUGCAAUAAUUUAUUUCGAUCUCAUAUGUUAAAUUACAAUGACAGGCAUGCUAACUACAGGUGAAUUCAAAUGUAUUCAACUGUAGCAGGGUUCCUAUGAACAGUUUCUAGUGCCCUUAGGCAUGUGUUGGAUUCCUGAGCUUAUGGAGAGGUGAAUUGGAACAUUUGUGUCAUGCAGUUUUCAGCAAAAAAAAUAUUCAUUAGCUUGUCAGCUAUUCCUCAUUUACUCAGUUGUAGCUAGACUGAUUCUAACCAUUGUCUAGGAUGGGGCUCUCAUUUUUUAGCCUUUAUCCAGGAUACUUUUCUUGGUGAAUGAUCACGCCGGCAGUUUUUGACUUCUAAACCUUUAUUUCAGUUGAGCUGUACAGUAGUGGUUUGUUAUGAAACUAAACCACGCCCAUUGCUUGAUGAUGACAGUAAGUGAGUGUAUAUCUGGACACUGUGCUGUCUUAGGGAGGAGUCUUACUGAUAUAUCCUUCCCAGAAGGAAGAACCUCUGCAGGUCAGGUGGGAAAAGGAAACUAAAAUUCUGAGGUGUCGCUCACCUGGAAAGAAAAGCAGCUGUAGGGGUAUUCCUGACCCCCUUUGAACAUCAGCUAGUUUGAGAGACGUACUGCGAUGCACACUUUUGAGAAACAAACAGAAUCCAUUGUAAAAGCCUUAUUCUCUGAUCUCUUGAAUGAAGAGGAAAGUGUUUACCGAUGUCUGGAGAAAGAUUCGGGAGAAUCUGAGCAGUCUGCAGGAGAAGCUCCAAGUAAUUUUGACCCAGUUGUUAUUGCCAGUCGUCUGCGAAGCAUGGGGGACCAGUGCAACAUGGAUUUUGAAAAUACCUCGCAGGUUGUUGCUGAAGUACUCAAGGGAAAGAUAGAGAAGUUUGGAGCUGCAGUGGAUUCUCUCAGCAGGAGCUGGAGUAAUCAGAAUCCUGAGCUUUGCUAUGAGAGAGCUUUUCUCACUGUUUCUGUGAAAUUGGCCAUGUGUGUUGCGAAGAAAGUCCCAGCUAUGGUCCGUCACAUUCAACUCGUAGAACUGAUUAAUGGAAAUUCCCGAGUGAGAAGCUACAUUGAGGCCUGUGGAGGAUGGGUGAGCAUGCAGAGUUUGCUGUGAUGCUUGCCUUGGGAUUUAUGGCUCGGUUUCUUUGCUUCUCUUAACCUUCCAAAGUGCCAUUCAGCCUUGUGUCUUGCUUGGCUAGCCACUGAUACCCGACUGCACAGAGCGUCCUCCUCCCUCCCGCUCAAAUAACUCCGCUUCUAGUUGCGGAAACACAGCUUUGCUAAAUGCAUCGAUCUUAAUGUCUUAAUAAGUCUUUAUGAAGUCAACAUCAAACUUCCCAU